AUGUCGGCUACACAGCGACACAAUUCGAGGCUGCAGAAUGCCUCGGUCACAUCUCUCCGUCGCGGUCCUCAGCGAAGAGACAGUGGCCGCCGCAGCGAUGGUUCAGUCACAUCCUCGGGACGCGAGUCGAUCGGCACUGGUCUGACCGAACCGCCAGCUUACUCCAAGAAGUUUGUUGUUGUUGGCGACGGCGGCUGCGGCAAGACGUGUCUGUUGAUCAGCUACAGUCAGGGCGUCUUCCCUGAGAAAUACGUGCCCACUGUUUUCGAGAACUACAUUACGCACUGCGAGCACAAGCCCUCGGGCAAGAUUGUCGAACUGGCACUUUGGGAUACCGCUGGUCAAGAAGAGUACGACAGACUGCGCCCCCUCUCAUACCCCGAGACCGACUUGCUCUUCGUCUGCUUCGCCAUCGACUGCCCCAACUCUCUUGAAAAUGUCAUGGACAAGUGGUACCCCGAAGUCCUCCAUUUCUGCCCGACUACCCCCAUCAUCCUCCUCGGCCUCAAGUCCGACUUGCGCAACAAGCGCACCUGUAUCGACCUCCUCAAGACCCAAGGUCUGACUCCCGUCACAAAUCACCAGGGACAGGCCGUCGCCAAGAAGAUGGGCGCCCUCUACAUGGAGUGCAGUAGUAAAGAGAUGACGGGUGUUCACGAAAUCUUCGAUGCCGCGAUUAACACCGUCGUCGCCGAGCAAGAAGGCCUGAACCAAACCCCCCCUGCCAGCCGUGGUAGUCUCACCGCUGGAAACUCAAACUCGCAACAACAACAGCAGCAGCAGAGACGCCCUCAGACCUCCAGCAGACCCUCGGACAGUCCCACUCCCAUGAUGGCUCCCAGCAAGAAGAAGAAGAGAAAGGCUUGUCUGAUUCUGUAA